AGGGAGAGGGUUGUCGGAAGAGCAGAUAAUUAAUAAUGGCAGAAUCAGGCGGCGGCGGCGGAGUCAGAACUUGCAACCAGAGCUGUGGUUGCGCUGUUCCCUGCCCCGGCGGAAAUGCUUGUAGGUGCGCGACGGCUACGGCGCCGGCGCCGGCGGGAGGAGAGAUGGCGCACAGGAGAUGCCCGUGCGGGGAGCACUGUGGAUGCAAUCCUGUCUCUUAUACACAUCUAGAUGUGUAUAAGAGACAGGCUUUGGGUUGUGUAGUGAAAUGUGGAUAUGUAAGUCAGAUUCAAUAA